AUGAGGCCUGAUUUUAUAAUUACCCCUCAUGCUUAUUACUUAAAAUUACCAACCAAUUCUAACUUUAUCUUUACUCCCACCUCUCCCUAUCCUGCGCUCCCUCUCCUGCGCCCCCUAUCCGGCGCUCCUCCUAUCCUGCCACCAAUGACGUCGGAGAGAGCCACGACAGAGCCAACAUUCGAUGCCUCUCCAUCACCCAACGAAGACUGGCGCGCCUGGCUGCAAGUCCUCGGUGCUUUCUGCAUCAAUCUGAAUACAUGGGGCAUGAUGAACUCCAACGGCGCGUUCCAGACCUUCUACCAGGUCCACCUCUCCAAGGACGGGUACUCCUCUUUCGAGAUUGCCUGGAUCGGGUCUACUCAGGCCUUUCUCAUGUUCGUCGUCAGCCUCGCUGCCGGCGCGCUCUUCGACGCCGGCUUUGGCGGCGGCGCCCUCAUCGUCGCCGGCAUGCUGCUCCUCAGCAUCAGCGCCCUGUACUGGCACAUCUUCCUCACCCAGGCCGUCAUGAUGGGUCUUGGCUUCGGCCUCUUGUACCUGGUCGCCCCCGCCGUCGUGUCCCAGCACUUUGGCCCCAGGACGGCCCUGGCCAUGGGCGCGUCGUCUGCCGGCGGUGCCAUCGCCUUCCCCCACCUGCUUGACCGAGUCGGCUUCUCUUGGGCCUGCCGCAUUCUCGGCUUCAUUCUGCUCGUCACCUCCGUCAUCCCAGCGCUGCUCAUGCGUUCCAAGGCGCCCCCUCGCCGCGACCGAAAACUCUUCGACGCCACCGCCUUCCGCGAUGUCCCAUAUCUCCUUCUCAACACCGGCCUCACAUUCGGCUUCAUGGGGAUCUACAUUGUAUAUUCCUACAUUCAGCUCUUCGCCGUCGCCCGUACCGAUCUGUCCCUGUCCGAUCGACCGACUCUCUACUUGCCCGUUAUUCUUAACCUUAGCUCGCUUCCCGGGCGUAUCAUCCCCUGCUACUAUGCCGACAAAGUUGGCUCCAUCAAUGCGCAAACCACCGUCGCCUUCCUGGCCGCCACACUAACCUUUUGCGUCUGCGCGAUCCGCUCCGCGGUCGGCCUUGUCGUCUUUGCCGUCCUCUAUGGCAUAUUCUCGGGCGCCUUCAUGGCCCUCCCCGGCGCGAGCAUCGUCGCAAUGUCCGACGACAAGAGCAAAAUUGGUAAACGCAUAGGCAUGACCCUGGUCACGACGGGAUGCGGCGUGCUUGUCAGCAAUCCCAUUGCUGGAGCCAUCGCCGGCAAUGGCGGGAGCUGGGUUGGGCUCGUUGGAUGGUGUGGCGGCCUGCUCAUUGCAUCUAGUAUUUGCCUGGUGGCCAGCCGUGUGUGCAAAGCUGGCUGGGGGCUGACCACGGCCAUAUAA